GGAGGAGGCACCUGCGAGACCGAGCAGCUCAGCCUACCGGCGGUGUGAAGUUCUCGUGGAUCACGUCGCCGCUCAGUUUCAGACGUAUUACUCACGCGGAGGAGUCACGGUUCGGAUCAGCUCCAACCGCCGGGGCCCGAGGUACUAUCGCAGCGCGUGGUCAUCGCGGACCCUUGGCGGACGUAACGCGUGAGGUGAGCUGAGACUGCCCCAUCCCUUCUCACCCCACCCCACCCCUCCGUCCUUCUUUGUCUCUCUGUGCACCUGCAUGCACUGUGGGCAGCCCCGGCCCAUCGGAGAGGCGCUGUGCUCAGAGACUGCCCUGCACCAGGAGAACCCAUGGCUUCUGGCCCUCCAUGUCCCUCUGUAGGCCGCAGGCUCAGGCUACUGGAGUUGCUGCUCGUGCCUCUGCUGGUCUUGCUGGGUUCUGGGUUGCAACCAACGCUGGGUCAGAAGGUCUACACUAACACGUGGGCCGUCCACAUACCUGGAGGGCCGGCUGAAGCUGAGCAAAUUGCUAGCAAAUAUGGGUUCAUCAAUUACGGACAUGUAUUUGGUGACUAUUAUCACUUCCGGCAUCGUAGGGUGGCGAAGAGGUCACUGUCAGAUCACAGGGGGACACAAGUCCGCCUUCAAAGAGAUCCCCAGGUGACUUGGGCGGAGCAACAAGUAUCGAAACAAAGGAAAAAGAGGGAUGUCUUCGAAGAACCGAUGGAUCCAAAAUUCAAAGAACAGUGGUACCUGUACAACAUCAACCACCGGGACUUGAAUGCUAAAUCUGCGUGGCAGAUGGGCUACACGGGUAAAGGGGUGGUGGUGACCAUCCUGGAUGAUGGAAUAGAGAAGAACCAUCCUGACUUGAUGCAGAACUAUGACCCGGAUGCCAGUUACGAUGUGAACGAUGGAGACCCAGACCCUCAGCCCCGAUACACGCAGCUCAAUGACAACAGACAUGGAACACGAUGUGCAGGCGAAGUAGCAGCAGCAGCCAACAAUGGGAUCUGCGGAGUAGGUGUAGCCUACAAUGCCAAGAUUGGAGGUGUUCGUAUGCUGGAUGGUGAGGUGACUGACAUGGUGGAAGCCCAGUCCCUGAGUCUGAACCCCCAACACAUCGACAUCUACAGCGCCAGUUGGGGGCCAGAGGAUGACGGCAAAACUGUUGACGGACCUGCCAAACUCGCCAAAGAAGCCUUUCUGCGCGGAGUGACUGAGGGUCGUGGUGGUUUGGGCUCCAUCUUUGUUUGGGCUUCUGGGAACGGAGGGAGGGAGAAGGACAGCUGUAACUGCGACGGCUACACCAACAGCAUCUACACCCUGUCCAUUAGCAGUUCCACCCAGAACGGCAACGUGCCCUGGUACAGCGAGGCCUGCUCCUCCACCCUCGCCACCACCUACAGCUCAGGGAACCUCAACGAGAAACAGAUAGUGACUACAGACCUCAAAUCAAAGUGCACGGACUCACACACAGGCACUUCGGCCUCCGCCCCACUGGCUGCUGGGAUCAUCGCUCUUGCCCUUGAGGCCAAUAACAAUCUGACCUGGAGGGAUAUGCAACAUCUGGUUGUACGAACUUCUCAUCCUGCCCACCUGCUCACCAACGACUGGAGAACAAAUGGGGUUGGGCGCAAAGUUAGCCAUUCAUAUGGAUACGGUCUCCUUGAUGCCAGUGCUAUUGUAGCGCUGGCUGAAACGUGGACCAGUGUGAGCCCACAGCGGAAGUGUGUGAUCACCAUGGUCAGUGAGCCAAGAAACAUUGGCAGCCAUUUGUCAAUCAACGUGAGUGUGGACGCCUGCAUCGGGACGGACAGUCACGUGACAUCACUGGAGCACGUUCAGGCCCGGCUCACUCUGUCCUACAACCGCAGGGGAAACCUGGCGAUCCACCUCAUUAGUCCCUCUGGCACUCGCUCCACUCUGCUCCACCCACGGCCUCACGACUUCUCGUCAGAGGGCUUUAACGACUGGGCUUUCAUGACCACUCACUCCUGGGAUGAGAGCCCCAAUGGCCCGUGGAUCCUGGAGAUCGAGAACGUCGCUGGUGCCAGUGACUACGGUACUUUGACCCAAUUCACCCUGGUGCUGUAUGGCACCGGCUCAGUGUCUUCCAGCUCCACUGACAACGCUCAGCCGGAGAAUGCCAACUGUAAGACCUUGGACCUGAGGCAGAUAUGCAUCGAGUGCGACGCUGGCCACUACCUGUUUCAGCAGGGCUGCGUGAAAGACUGCCCGGCAGGCUUCUCAGUGGGCUCCCAGCCCCUCAACUACACAGUGGGACACUUCAUACCACCAGCUUCCGUCCUGGCCUGCCUGCCCUGCCCACCACCCUGCCUGACCUGCAGCAGCCUCAGCCCUCAGGCCUGCCUGUCCUGCCCCACUCACAGCUCCCUGGACUCCAACACUGGCACCUGCAUGCACAUCAACCAGUACAUGCGUGAAUCCCCUCUCAGCUUCAUAGUGGGGCAGGGGAACCCGGGCAAGCAGCCCCAGCUCAGCUCCCGGCUGCCUAUCACCAUCGCCGUGCUCAGCUGUAUGGCCAUCAUCGCCACCUUCGCUGGCACCUUCCUGCUGCUGCAGCUGCGCUCCGGCGCGCUCAUCAAGCUGCCCUCUCUGGAGGCUGGCGGCGGCUUUGGCAGCAGUUUCGGCCUCGGGGGCAAUAGGGUGGUCUCGUACCGCGGCAUCCCGACAAUGUGGGGGGAUGAUGGGGUGAAUACAGACUCGGAUAACGAUGAGUUUGACGUCCAGAAUGAGAGGACUUCCUUUAUUAAAACACAAAGUGCUCUUUAAAGCCUCCCCCACAUGCCUCCAACUUUAAAGUCUUCUCACCUUUAUUGGUCUAACGAUUCAGAGCAGUGGUAACAACCCUCAUGCAGUCUUUCUCUGGUUUUAUCCGUCAGCCCUUCUCCCCUGUCUCUUUCUGGGUUCUCCUCCGAGUAUCUGCCGGGGACGGUCUAAGCUUUGCUCCGUUCAUAUUUGGGCGCUUCUCUCCCUCUUCUUGACCUCCAUAACUAAUUGUGUCUGUCUGCGCUGAGCCCAUUUUCCUCUCUGGUUCCUUUUUUUUUCCAGUUAACACAAACGUUUUUUUUCUUCUUUUUUUUCCAUCAGUCUUGGUGCAGAAGCGAGACAAAAUUGUUAAAUUUGAGGAGUAGAGACGGGUGUAUUUGUCUGUGUGAAUGUGAGCGUGUACAUCUGAUGAGCAGUGUUCUGCCUUUUUAAAGAGAAGCUAAAGCUGGCCCUCUCACAUUUAGUAUUUUAACUUUAAACUGAUAUGAAACAUGGUAUUAUGAUCGGAUUUGAAAAUAUGGAUUCAAUUAGUGGCAUCAACUUCCAAACUCUGUUCAUAAAAGCACCGCUUAUCUGCAGCGAUGCGCAGGGAAUUUAAAACGUCCACAAAUCCAAAGUAUAAUCGGUGUGAGGGGGGACUUCAGUGCUUUUAUUGUACACGGAGCCUGGAAACAUCUCUCUCAGCUCUGGCAGAACAAACUGAGUCCGACAACCAACAAAGCUUCUUCCUGACUGCUGGGAUUCAAGUGGACUCAAUUUAUCCCAGUUCGAAAACUUUAAAUUCUCUUGUGCUGAUCUCCUACCCAAUCGUCACAUGGAAGAAUAUCAAAAAAGUUCAAUAAAUGACAAGAGCAAAAAAAAAAAAAA